AUGGGCGAACUUUCUGAGGGCCAACCUUCUGACCGGUUGGUAGCUUGGUGGGCGGGGCUGACCUGCGGGACCCGGGUCUGGGCCGACGGGGAGACCGCGGCCGCGUUUGUCCGAGGGGGGCUGCACCCUGAUCUGGCCCGCGAGAUGUACACUCUGCCGUCCGACGUCCUGUUCGGGAAGUCGGUGAAGUCGCUGUUGUGGGGCCAGCACUACGCGAUGGCACUGGCAGACCGGGUUCGCGACGCGGGUCGGGCCCUUGGAAUUCUGUGCGACCGCAACGCCGAGCUGCGCAAACAGCUCGAGGAGGUGCGGGCCGGGGCGGCUCCGGAGGUGGUUGCGGCGGCCGAGCAGCGUUCCUCGGAGCUCGAGGAGGAGGCGAUGCAUCUCCGAGCUGAGGCAAGGGCGGCCGACAAGCGUGCGUUGGCGCUGGAGGCCGAGGUCCUUCGCUUAAGGUCCGAGGCGAAGGCGGCCGAGGAGGAGAAAGGCAAUCUCCGGGGACUCCUGGAGGGAGCACAGUCAGAGACUCGUCUGGCCCGAGACGAGGCAGCCGUCCUGACCCAGCGGCUGGAGGGCGCACUAGCUGACGUGAAGGGGGCUUCAGAAGCCCUGGCGGCCGAGCGGGAGCGGCGGCCGGAGAAAGAGGAGGUAAUCGAGGCUUAUAAACAGUCCCCGGGCUUCCAGCUCGGGCUGGCUCGGUCGGGGCAGGUUACCUACGAGUACGGGUACCGAAUCGCCCUUGGCCGGUUCCAGACGAGCCAUCCCGGGCUGGAAGUGGAGGCGGAUCCGUUUGUCUCGCAUCCUGAGGAUUUGGAUGUGGACAUGCCGGAGGAAGUUCCCUUUGAUGAUGGCGUGGGAGGAUCUGACGGUUAGGGCGGUCUGGAGGUCAGCUCAGCCGAGCAGC